AUGAAUAAAUAUCAAUCUGUACGUAUCACUUUUGUUCCAAAACCGAAGAAACAUAAUUUAUCAACAGCCGGAAAUAAGAUAAUUCCUAUGAAAGAGAGUAAACAGCAAUAUCAAGAUGAUAUUCCUAUUCCACCAUCGUUAUUUCAUGUGACACCAUGUACAAUGUCACCUGAUACAUUUACAUUACCAUCAACAACAAUGUCAACAACACAAUUAAUAAAAAAUGAAACACAAAGAUCAAAAAUAUUCUCACGAAAUUCAUUGUCAGCGUUCGAUGUUGUCCAACAACCCGUGAAAAAAAGUAUUAAGGUUUUACGAAAACAGAACAAAGAUAAAAAGAAAAUACCUCCAACAACAUGGCGUAUUAUUAUUAUUAGCAUUAUUGCCGCACUGAUAUUGAGUAUAAUUGCUGUUGGUAUUUAUCUUGCUAUUCGUUUCAUAAGAUCAACAACAAAAAGUACUACAAUAGUUGCGAAUCCUGUGCUGCGGUGGAAUGUAACAGGCAUUACUAUAGCUGGCAUCGGUGGUUCAGCUGGUGUGAACGCUAAUCAGCUUAAANGCACGUCAAAAUAA